UACAACAUGUGUGAGUGGGAAAUACGAAAUGGUGUUUGUAAACUUGCAGUGUCAACAUAUUCUUUCUCAAGCAUGUGAGUUUCAUUUAGGGAAACUAAAUACCCAAUGGCUCUGUAAUACAAGGAAAGAAAUAAACUGUAUUUGUAAAGUCUGUAUGUGAAGUUUGUCAGCAUAUAAUAUGUUUCAGAACCCAUCCGAAGAACUGAAAGAGAGGGUUAAACUUGCCCUUGCCAUAGCCAUAGUCAGAUCAAAACCAACAAAUAUCACAGCAAAACAAGUAGCAGUAUCACUUAAAAAGAAGCUUGAAACUGAGCAAUCUACUGUUUGGAGCAGGAAUACGGAUUUAAAUCUAAGACAGAGAAUACACAAGCUGAAACAUGAGCUACUUUACAGUGCUCUUUCAUCAGAAUCAACAAAUGUGUCAGAUUUCCCAUUGGGUGGAGACAUUCCUGGUAAAGAUAUUCCAGAUGGAGCUGAAGAAGAUGCCACAGAGGAGACUGAGUUUCAUUUGAUGUUCAUUCAGUCAAUGGUGCAACUGAAAUCAGCUGUUAGUACUUGUACAUUUCUGAGGGCAUCUGUCCUGAAAACAAUUGUUAACUCCAUGGCUACAGAUGUCUUAUAUCCUGGCAAAGAAUUUGGUGCAGAACAUAACAAUUCCAUUUGUGAUGUGGAAUCAGUAUAUUCUUUAAACACAUUGCAAAGUGGGCCGCAAAUGACUGAGGACUCAGGAUAUGGCAGUGUUGGAGGAGGGAAGGAAAGUGACAGGAAAAUUCCAAGUAGUCUUUUGAAAUACAUAUUGUGUGAUUCUGAUGCCAAUGACCUCAUUGUAAAAUCUGUUGAGACAGUGCUUAGUUACUUGGAGAAAUCAUUGUCAGGUGAUGAUGAAGGAAUUCUGGAAAAAAUUGUGAGAGACUGGAGGAAUUCUCUCCUUGAAGAUGCUGUAAACAUUUUAACUGAUACGGUAAACAUAUUAACUCAGUAUGACCAAGGUUCUGGUGAAUGUCGUUCAGCUUGCUUGGGUUUUAUCAAAAAACAAAUCCAUAGGAUACUAACUCCAAGUAAAAUAUCAAAGUACACAACUUGUGAAUGCCGCUGUCUAAUUGUUUGCGAAAUGUGUAACAGCUUAUACCUCUGUUCGGACACCAUUGAGUUCCUGCUGGACAAAGUGAUAUUGUUAUCUAGAGAGACAGUUACUGCUUGUGAAGCAGACCUAGACGAGUAUGUUGAUGGGGUCUUAGUUCGGGAAGCAGACCUGAAUUUUUAUAUGUUUUAUUUGUUAGAAACUCUCAUUGUAAAGUACUUGAAACUGGUCAAAGUUAUGAAGCAAUCAUCACACAAGUUAAAAGAAAAACCAAAACCAACUAUGAGAAAUAUAUUAGAACUAUGGAGAAACAAAUUUUGUGAUAAAUCUGCUACCGAAAAUACAAACUGUGAAGAGGAAGAUGAGCAUUUAUCAAGAAUAAAUGUGUGGAGUUCAUCAUUAGAACAAUGCCUCAUCAAAUUUUCAGAAUCUAAUCCAAAGUUGACUUUUGCUGUCUGGACAUCUUUUGAGAAACUGAAGGAAAAUAUUCACAUGAAAAUGGAAGACAUUUGAUUUUGAAUUUCUGAGGAACAACUGGUUGCAAUAUAUGUUGCUACCAGAACUGACUCAUCCAAAAUAUUGUGCCAGUCUGUCACCUAUCCUUUCAACUUGUGUUAAACCAACAGAGACAUCAACUCGUCUGAGCCAGUUGUUAGAAGGAAUUUAAUAAACUAUACUAUUGUAUUACAUUUUGUGUUUAUCCUUCACUGAAGUACCAUGAGUAUUGUACAUGACCCACAAUGCUCUCUGUUGAUUUUUUAAAAUAAAGUGUAAAAUUCAAGCUACACGAGGUAAAGGAAAGAAUGUAUGAAGAGCUGUGAUGUAGUUAAAAGACUGGUCAAAGGGUACUAGAUUUGGUAGUUAGUGAAUGAAAAUGAAACUAGUGGAAGCUGUAAGUUAUUUAAAAUGUGAAUACUGAAAUUAAAAUGAUGUGCUUUUUCAUAUUUAUUGUUAAUAACUCUGCAAGAGUACAAUUAGUGCCAAAGAUAUUUGGAUAAGGGAAAGUGCAUACAUCACAAAUGAGUACUGGGUGUGCUAUUUUUUUAUAUAUUAUGCUAAUCAGUUAAAGUUGAUCAUGUGACAUAGAAGGAAUUUUGAAUUGCAAGAGGUGCUAUUUACACCAUGCAUUACAUAGGAAAAAACCUAAGUCUGCAAACAAACCAAUUUGGAGGUUCCUGUGUUAAUUUUGUAAUUGGAAGAUGGGAACAUACAAAAUUUGGAACGAUAUACUGAGUGAUACAAAGCCAUUUAAGAAUAUAUUUGACAUAUUUUUAUCAUUUCAUUUUUUUAAAAUUCAUAUUGUUAUGUUUAGUGCAUUAUGUUAAGCAGUUUUUGCUUUGUUCACACACAUUUUUCACAUGUUCAUGUGAUAUGAAACCUUUCAUUUUAUGCACAAUGAAAGUUAAUUUGCUUAUGUAGCAGUUCAUUCAUGUAUAAAGAAAUAGAUUGGUUCUUUUAUUGCUAUGCAGUGCAAAGAAUGGUUUGAUAAACAUUAAAGAGGCUAUACCAGCUUAAACUCUAACUUUAAAUAGCUCAAAUGCUGGCAUAGGAAUCUCAGUGUAAAGGAUAUUAAUAUGAUGAUCUUUAAUGGUGAUAAACAAACAGUAAAGGUAACAGUCGAUACAUGGUUGCGGUAUUGAGCAUUCAGCAGUCCAAAAACAUGAUUGAACUCCUGGUUAAGCAUUUGAACAAUGUCUUUCCAUAGAGCUAACAGCCUAAAACAGAUUCUGUCUGAAAGUCAAGCUAUGAGUUCAGUCUGUUGUGUAUGCUUAUUGACACCUAAAUGCUUCAACAUACAGUAAUUGGUUACAAUUUUUUUUUUAAUGGUUAAGUGUGUGCAGCUUUUAUGAAGUUUACAGCAAAAAUAUGGUGUCAUUGUAACACUGCUAUUGAAAUGUUUUGUGUGUGUUUAUGAGUUGUGAAAUUAAGAAAACAUGAUUAUGAAAAGCGUUAUGGAAUGUUAUAUAUUUCUUUUUUUCAGAUUUUCUGUUCUAAAUUAUAGCAUGAAUGUUAUAACUGUAAUCAUGUUCAUUAAUAGCCAGAUAUGUUCUGUAUCACAUUAUGCUAAAAAUAUUUGCACAAAUUGAAAGAAGAAAUUAAUAUUGUUGUGAUAAAUAUUUAUGAAUUAGCAUUGGUAAAAUUGAGUUUUUGUGUUAAAGAUAGCUGCGUGGUAGUAAGAACUUUCUCUGUAUGUAUUAUUGUCGGUG